AUGUCAAAUGAGUCUGGAAUUAAUGACAGCAGUAAUACUGUUCGUGGUUUUAGGCUGUUUAAUAAUUUAGGUAGGUUUGUGUUGCAACAGCAUGACAAUAAUCAAGGUUUGGUAGGUGCCAUCUUGAGGCAAAGACCACAUAUUUCCCAAAAUUUUGAAUUGCCACAAGAAAUGCAAAGAAAUGUAGUACCACGUUUAUCAGAUAAUGAUGAUGUUUCCUUAGCUAGACGCAGGCAAAAUGCUCAAUGUGUUGCCUCUUUACGUCGAUUGGAAUCGACUGAUCAGGCCAAUAAUAGGCGGCAUAAUGAUGCUGUUAGACAUGCGGCUAGGCGCAAUGCAGAAUCAGCUCAGCAAACUCGCAACAGACAAGUUAUGGAUGCUCAACGGCACGUUGUUGCUAGACAAUUAGAAUCUAAUGAGCAGGCUGCCAAUAGACGUGCUGAAAAUGCUCAUAGACAAGCCAUGGCUCGAGAAAUGCAUAAUGCGCCGUAUUAUAAUAUUGCACGUCAAAAUGUAUUGCCUAAUUUAUAUUUUUUAGGUGCUAUGGACAAAAAAUGUGAUUAUUGUCAAGCUUUAAAGUUUGAAAAUGAAAAUUGUUUUAAAUGUUGUCACACUGGUAAAGUUGCAUUAGAUAAUUUGUCUCCUUACCCUCAGCAGCUUGGGGAAUUAUUAACAAAUACAGAUACUGUUCAGGCAAAAAACUUUCAGUCAAAUAUACGUAAGUAUAAUAGUGCCGUUGCCUUUGCUUCUUUUGGAGCAAACCUUCGCCCCCCACCUGGCCGUGGACCACCAUGCUUUCGUAUCUGUGGUCAAAUAUGGCAUCGUGUUGGGGGUCUUCACCCUCCUGAAGGAUAA